CCUGCCCCGCCCGCCCGCCUCCCUCCUCAAACCCACUCGGUUAUGAUCGGCUGCAAGUCAUCAGGCCAGUGCCGCUCUUGAACGUGAGAAAUCUGUUAAUGAGGCUGGAUUUCAGACAUGGCUCUGAGAGACCUUGAGGCUCGAGGCCCCAUAACAGAGUCCCCUAAUUCCCCAACCCCAUCGAGUGGGAGUGCCCUAUCCUCUGCCAUUUCUGACCUAGAUGUAUUCGACAAUCUCAUGACCGAUACCAACGACCGCCUUCGUCUAUACCAGGGUCUUGGACAGGUGUCAUUCUCGUUGCCUGAUGUUCUUGUCGCCAGUCGUUCUUGCCACUUGUCGUUCUUGUCACCUGUCGUUCCUGCCACCUCUCGUUCUUGCAACCUGUCGUUCUUGCCGCCUGGUCGUUUCUCGCAAUCUUGAUCCCGAUCGAAAUUGGCUAUUAACGAUACCUGAGGUUGUGCAUCUCCGGAUUUUGGGACCUUCCUUGGCUUCCUAUCUGAACUGAAUAUGAAAUAAUCAUUACCAGCAUAGUCACCGACUGCCUUCACCCGGUACAACCACCCACGACCCAAGAGGAUAUUGUAUGGAGUCGUUCCGUAGACCUCCCGCCGGAGACGCAGAGCAUCGCGUUGACCCUGAAGUUGGGUUUUCAAGCUGUCGCUGCUAGCCCUCAGACUGUCAUUAUCCGUCUAGUCUUUCGUUCUUAG